CUAGGAACUUCGGGGAGGGGCUUCGGGGAACACAUCUCAUUCUAUAUAAGCGUUACGAACACCGGUCCUCGGUCAGUUGCAUGCUUACUCAAGUGUUACUAGGGUGUUACUAAGAAAAUUUUGAGUGCCCCGGUGGAACCGGACACAACGUGCGCCUUGAAUAGCCCGACCAUGGAAACUACCACUUGCAUUCUGCUACUAGCAGUACUGACAUCUACUGCAGCUGUGACUUCAGCCUAUCCAGUGCCAUAUUCUAGCUUCCUACCUUACACCUACUCCAGUUUUGGAGUACCCCGCACCUUACCCCUAAGGCCCGCAUUCAACUAUGCAUACCAAGCUACUGCACCAUCUUCAGCACCUUUUGCACCACUUUUCUCACCGGCUGACCCUGCCUCUUCAGUAGCCAGGGUGAUAUAUUCCGAAGGUGCAUUGAUGACCCCAUCCAAUGUCAUGCUCCGAGGGUUUGCUUAUCAAACACGAUACACCAAUGGAGGCCACAGUGAAGUCACAUUUGUAACAGGACCAGGAUCCAAGGAAUUGAUGGAGCAACAUUUGGAAUUUUUCCGUAACCUCUUACUGCCAGCUCCUAGAGCUGCAAAUUCAUCAGAAACGGGAAAUACUAGCCUUGAUGCUACAACAACUCCUAACUACGCAAGUGUAUUAAAUUCUGCACCAUUCUCAAACCUGCAGCAAUCCUCUGGAUACACGUUGUUACCAGCCCAUACAUCUCCCUUGUUACAAAAUCCUGUGGACUUACACAACAUGAUAAAUUAUUUUCAAACUCUAGGCAACUCUCCAUUCACAAACCUAGAUGAGGCCAAAGAAAGUGGUGAUGAUAACGCAGAAGCUCAAGAAAGUAUGAUUAAUGUACUUGGAAGAAUUUUGGCACCAGCGGAAAGUUCAAAUGACAUAAGUCAGAGUAAUUCAAGCCCUGAAGAAUCCAACAGUAUUGAUGAUGUUUCUUCAAGCAGUAGCGCCCCUGACACAACACAAGCUUCUACUAGUGAAAGUAAUUCGCCAAACACAGAACAAGUUAGUACCGAUAACUCUGUAGCAAGUAGCAAUGUAAUAUCAAGUCCUCAAUCUCAAGAAUCUGAAACUCCUGCAAGUGAACAAAUACGUUCUUCUACAGAGCAAGCUAGUGCUUCCACAGAACAAGCCAGUGCUUCCACAGAACAAGCCAGUGCUUCCACAGAACAAGCCAGUCCUUCCACAGAACAAGCCAGUGCUUCCACAGAACAAGCCAGUCCUUCCACAGAACAAGCCAGUCCUUCCACAGAACAAGCCAGUCCUUCCACAGAACAAGCCAGCGCUUCCACAGAACAAGCGAGUAGUUCCACAGAUAUUCCAGUAACACCUUCAGAAGCAUCACCAUCAUCAGAAACAGAAAAUGAAACCACUACAGCAGCACAAUCAUCUUCGGAACAAAAUGAAACUACAAACACAGAAGCAACAGCUGCAGAAACCACUACACAAGAUGACGAUACAGACUUGGCAGAGAGUGCAUGAUGCAAUCCUUACUGUUAAAUGUGUGACACAUGGGCACAACACAUUCAAUAUUUACUAGAAAGAAAUUGUAAUACUUAUUUGAACUACACAAUUUUGUAACUCACAAUAAUGUUAUUUAAAAGAAUGAGAAUAUUUUUAAGAGAGAAUGAAGACAAAAGAUGUAUUUCA